CAUUGUGAUGCGAUUUAUUAACGUUUUCCCGCGUAAAGUUAUCGCGUUAUAAUUGUUGCAUCAUAUCGUAUUAAAUUAACAUGGCUGUACGUUUGCACAUUAAUAAGGAUCCAGCGAGUCAGAAGGAUUCCGAAUUACAUCUGAUGCCGUGCAAAAUUCACGGAGACGAAUCGGCAAAGGUCUCCUCCUUCUUCAAGCCUUACAUACGUAAGGUGGACGAAGAGCAUUAUGAAUGCUCCUUCCGUGGUUAUCCUCUUCAAGGAAAGAAAGUGACUGUACCUGCUGGCUACAAGGGCAUGACGUUCGUUGAGAACAAGAAGACAGACACUGAAGGCAAGAAUCGAAAUUUAUACUGUACUGGAACCUUCUCACAGUUUACAUACUGGAACUACGACAGGAUACCAUCUAAGAAUGAUGCUCUCUCAGCUGCUUUAGACUGGAUCGACAUAGCUGACGCUUUACAUACAUCAGAAACAUAAAUACUAUAAGAGGAAUAUAACUGCCUGAACCUGAGAAGAUAUAAAACACAUAUUGUUUUUGAUAAUAUAUUUUUAUACGUUAAGAAUAAAGGAAAAGAGAUGAUAAAAAGGUA